GCAUUUAACUACACGUACGAAGUGGCUAAAAUCAUGGACACGUGGACACGACAGAUGGGCUACCCUGUGGUCAGUUUCGAAGAUAAAGGUGAUACGUUUAUGUUGCAUCAAGAAGUCUUUCUACUGGACCAGAGCAUGCACAAGGUCAAAGACAAGGAGGAUAACCCGUUUGGGUACAAGUGGUACAUUCCUUUCACAUUCGUGACCCAGGAUUCUCCAACACACAAGAGAACUGUAUGGUUAAACCUUGGCUCAGCUUCCCUCCCCAAGCCUUCCAGAGGCUGGUUGCUUGGCAACUAUGAGAUGGUGGGUUUCUAUAAGGUGAAAUAUGACCGGAAUAUGUGGGGACUACUAGCAGACCAGCUUAUGAAAAACCAUACGGUAAUCCCAGAAGCCAAUCGAGCCGGCCUCAUAGGAGAUGCCUUUGCCCUGGCUAGAGCCAACAUAUUAGAAUAUGAUGUGGCCUUCAACCUGACAAGGUACCUGAAAAAAGAGCAAAGUUACAUUCCCUGGCAAGCCUUUCAACACUCAAUAGACUUCAUCAAAGGAAUGAUCGUCACCAAGGCAGCCUACAUCCAGCUACAGGCCUACAUACAAGACCUGGUGACCCCGGUGUUCGACAUUGUGGGAGCCUCUGAUAAAGGGGAGCUACCUGAAAGAUACCUGCGCCGCGUCAUACUCACAUUGGCCUGCGAUAUCGGCAUGGAGAACGCAGUCAGCUAUGCAAAGUCCAUGUUUGCCAACUGGAUGAAGCUUGAAAACAGGCUCCCACCAGACCUCUCGAUGCUUAUAUACUCCGUGGGAAUCCGAGAAGGAGGCGUUGUCGAGUGGGAUUACGUCUGGAAUAAAACCACAUCUACCGAGGUGACUACGGAAAGCGACAUGUUGCUGGAGAGUCUGGCCCAAACCCAGAAACCAUGGUUACUGUGGCG